UUUGGGACGCUGCAUGGUUAGCUGUUCUGAGUGUACACUCAGCUCUAUAGCAUGUUAAAUUGUAUUUAACUUAGCAUUUAAAGCUAAUGUCUUACUGAACGGUUAGAAAGUUGGCUAACGUGUUAAAUUAGCGCUUUUAGCUUGAAUGCGUACAACCGCCUCCUCUCUUUAUUUUCUACUUAAAUGUGUAAUAUUUUUAGGUUUUUGUAGCAGGUUAGUUCAACAGCUAGGAGAAAAUCGAUGGCACUUUUGCUGGAGGCUUCUGGUUUCUAUAGAAACGGCUACAGGACCCAAUAUGUGAAGGACAAAAAGGGGACAUUUGGGUUUUAGUCACUUGGAGAUUUAUUUUUUUAAGUGCAGUCAUGGUGCUGAAGAUUUUCUUCCCGCGAUGCUGCAACAUGGCUGACAGCGGUCUGCUGGUGGGGCGCUGGAUCCCGGGCCAAGACACUGCCGUGGUUCUCGCCGUCGUUCACUACCCCUUCAUACCUGGCCAGGUGAAGAAGUACCUGAGCGAUUUGCGCAGCCAGAUUCAGGUGGAUCUGACCGUUCUGGGGUCGUGGAGCUUAUCCAAGGAUGGCCAGAAGGAAAUGGACAGCUUCUUGAAGGACCUCAGCACCAUCUUCCCUCACUCACGCUGGCUGCAGCUGAGCCGUGAACCCGGUAAGAGAGGCUUCGCUUGUGAGGUGGUGUGCAAAAACGGCCACGCGCCGGCAAGUGACGAGGAAGACAAAAUCAUCUUUGUUCAUUAUGAUCAGAGGAAGGUUAUGCUCUCGCAGCUUCAUCCCGUUCUUGAAAACGGCGCCGAUGUGGAGUCUUCAGAGCUACGUGCGGUUUUUCACACAGUUUCCCGAAGCGAGCCGCUGUUCCUCCUUGACAAGUACGACGACGGGCCACUGAAGCUGACCCACUGGCAGUCGGACGGCAGGGAGGCGAGCAUCAUCAUGGAAUUGGUCAAGCAGGCCUCCGUUCCCAUCUGCAUGCUCCUUACCAUGCUGGUGUGUUGGUGGAAAUGGCUGUGGAGCUUAAGACUUCUGAAUAUUUGGCCAGUCUGCUUUAUUUCGAGCAAGCUGUCCACCUGCGUUCAGGCAGGAUACAGAACCGAUCAUUUCCAAACCGUCUUCUCGACCCGGAAAGCCACGACGCACAUGGACUUCAUGAGGAAGGCAAACAUGUUUGUGUCCUUCUUUGUGGACAUAGCUCUGGGACUGCUCCUGAUCUCGUGGCUCUACAGAGAGAACCGUAUCAGCCAGCUCGCUAACACCUUAGUGCCGGCUGCUGAUCAUGUGGCCAAGGAGCUGCAGGAGUUGCUGGAGUGGCUGAUGGGCGCCCCCGCUGGUCUGAAGAUGAACCGCGCUCUAGACGAGGUUCUGGGAAGAUUCUUCCUCUACCAUAUCCACCUCUGGAUCAGCUACAUCCGUCUGAUGUCUCCCUUUAUCGAAAUGAUCCUGUGGUACGUCGGACUGUCCGCAUGCCUGGGCUUGACCUUCGCCCUUUCCGUGCUGUCGGACAUUGUGGCGCUUCUGACCUUCCACAUCUACUGCUUUUAUGUGUAUGGAGCAAGGCUCUACUGCCUGAAGAUCUACGGCCUGACGUCUCUCUGGAGGCUUUUCCGUGGAAAAAAGUGGAACGUCCUGAGACAGCGUGUGGACUCCUGCUCCUACGACCUGGACCAGUUGUUUCUCGGGACUCUGCUCUUCACCAUCCUGUUGUUUUUGCUCCCCACCACCGCUCUGUAUUACCUGGUUUUUACUCUGUUGCGGUUGUUGGUGGUGAUGUUCCAGGGUCUGAUCCACCUCAGUGUAGACUUCAUCAACUCCUUCCCUCUGUUUGCCAUGGGGCUGCGUAUAUGCAGGCCGUACAGACUGGCUGAGGGCGUGAAAUUCUGUGUGCUGCAUGAAGAACCCGGUGCUCCACUUCACCUGCUGAUGGAGAUUAAUCCUCUGCAGUGCAGUACAGUGCUGCAGUGUUAUCGCAUCGAGACGUCUGGCUGCUCGUCCAGAGACUCGUGGCUCACUUUGUGUAAGAAGCUUUUUGUAGGAGAGCUCAUUUACCCCUGGAGGCAGAAAAGCACCAAGACUGAUUGAAACACACCUGAGCCUCUCCUGAACUCUACUACACACCCCAUGACCCCAUGAGCAGCCUGAUAACACACUGACCUCCUGCACUCAGUGUCUGUUUAAGGUGGAAUCGGAGGUGUACUUUUUUUUCUAAUUAACUGAAUGACCUUACUCUCAUGGUCUGGAAUUUCUCACUCAGGCAUCAAUAAUUAAUAUUUUAAUCCUAGUCUUAAUAAAUACUAAGAAAAAUCAAGAUGUUUUAUAUUAUCUUAUUGAUUUAUUGUUGAUUAUACACUAUCUUGGUACAUUUACUAGAUGUGUUCUAUUUUUGAGAAGGUGCCAUUUGUAACAGUCAGCAAUUAUUACAUUUCCACAUCUACACUUCCACAGAUACAAAUAAUCUCAGCCUCUUCAGUGUACAAAUAAAAACCUGAAACAAUAAUGUAGUGAUUUAGUGAUUACUCGUCUGUAUCAGGUCAACAAAACAAAUGACCAGUCCAGAUUCAUUCAGUUUUAGUGAUUUGUUCAAACAGACUGAAUUGUUUAUAAAUAAAUCAUUUCUGCUUCACACACUCCUCCUUUAAA